CAUUUGGAUAACGGUUGAAAUGACAAGCAGCCAUGUUCUAGCGAGUUGCAUCAUACCGGAUCAAGAUGAUUGCUUUUGUGACAUCUGUAACGGUUAUCAACAACCAUCAAGGAAAAAACAGUUGAAGAUGGACGCCUCGUUAACAGGUAACCAGGUGCGCCAGCUGUUCAUAGACUACUUCAAGGAGCAGCAGCACAUCUAUGUCCAUUCCUCCUCUACGAUUCCCCUGGAUGACCCAACUCUACUAUUUGCCAAUGCAGGCAUGAAUCAGUUUAAGCCCAUAUUUUUGGGCACCGUUGACCCAAACAGUGACAUGUCCAAGUAUGUGCGGGUGGUCAACUCCCAGAAGUGUAUACGUGCUGGAGGUAAACAUAAUGACCUGGAUGAUGUUGGCAAGGACGUGUACCAUCACACCUUCUUUGAGAUGUUGGGGAACUGGUCAUUUGGAGAUUACUUUAAGAAAGAUUGUUGCGCCUUUGCCUGGGAGCUGUUGGUGGACAGAAUUAAGAUGCCCAAGGAAAGGCUGUAUGUAACCUACUUUGGAGGAAAUGAAGCCAUGGGACUUGCCCCAGACAACGACACUCGGGACAUAUGGAUAAACCUGGGAGUUGCGGUAGACAGAGUACUGCCGUUUGAUAUGGGAGACAACUUCUGGGAGAUGGGUGAGACAGGCCCCUGUGGACCAUGUACGGAGAUCCAUUUUGACAGAAUCGGAGGUCGUGAUGCCAAACACCUUGUCAACAUGGAUGAUCCUGAUGUUCUGGAGGUGUGGAACCUUGUCUUCAUGCAGUUUAACAGGGAUACAGACGGUACACUACAUGACCUACCUAACAAGCAUUGUGACUGUGGUAUGGGACUGGAGAGACUGGUGUCAGUAAUGCAGGGCAAGACUUCAAACUAUGACACAGACCUCUUCAUGCCCAUUUUUGAUGCCAUCCAAAAGGCCACUGGGGCCCGUACCUACACCGGCCAUGUGGGUAAGGAAGAUGUUGAUGGGGUAGACAUGGCCUACAGGGUACUUGCUGACCAUGCGCGUACCAUUACCAUCGCACUGUCUGAUAGCGGCAGACCAGAUAAUGUUGGCAGGGGUUAUGUUCUAAGAAGAAUUUUGAGGAGGGCUGUGAGAUAUGCCACAGAGAAACUUGGUGCUAAACCAGGCAUGUUUGCUUCCCUCAUAGACACUGUGGUUGAAUUAUUGGGAGAUGCAUUCCCAGAAGUGACAAAAGAUCCAGAAGAGUUAAAAAAUAUAAUCAAUGAGGAGGAGGAGCAGUUCCUGAAGACCUUGUCACGUGGUCGGCGACUGUUGGAGAGAACUAUAGGCAAACUCGGGGACACCAAAACCUUACCAGGGGAGGUUGCAUGGCGGUUGUACGAUACCUAUGGAUUCCCGGUGGAUUUGACCCAGUUAAUGGCAGAAGAGAAAGGACUGAUGGUUGACAUGGAUACUUAUGAGGAGUGCAAGAAAGCAGCUCAGUUGAUGUCCCAGGGAUCAGGUUGUACUGUUGAUGACCAGAUCAAUCUGGAUGUACACGCCAUUAGUGAUCUACAGAAGAAGGGUCUGUCCCCAACUGAUGACUCGCCCAAGUACAACUACACCGCUGAUGAGGAGGGAAACUACAAGUUCGAAUCUACAAUGGGUAAGGUGUUGGCUAUCCGUCACAGUAAACAGUUCGUCGACGAGGUAACAUCGGGAAGGGAAUGUGGUAUUCUUCUGGACCGGACAAGUUUCUAUGCUGAGCAAGGUGGACAGAUAUAUGACCAGGGAUUCCUAGUCAAAGUGAAUGAAGAGGAUACAGAGUUUCAAGUACGGAAUGUGCAGGUUCGAGGAGGUUAUGUACUACACAUAGGCGUGAUUGUUGGGACUCUCAAGGUUGGGGACACUGUCCAGCUCUCCAUUGACGAGAGUCACAGAAUGGCUGUGAUGAAAAACCAUACAGGGACUCACAUGUUGAACUUUGGCCUCCGAGGAGUGUUGCAGACUGCUGAUCAAAAAGGAUCUUUGGUUGCCCCUGAUAGGCUUAGAUUUGACUUCACUGCCAAGAAAGCAAUGACGCCAGACCAAGUGAAGGAAACGGAGGAGAUAGUUAAUGUGAUGGCAGAAAAAAAUGAAGAGGUUUAUGCCAAGGAGACCAGUCUACCCGUGGCAAAGUCAAUACAAGGACUUAGGGCUGUGUUUGAUGAGACAUACCCUGAUCCUGUACGUGUGUUGUCUAUAGGAGUGCCUGUGGAGGACCUAGUUAGUGACCCUAUGGGACCUGCUGCCUCUCUUACCUCUGUAGAGUUCUGUGGGGGCACUCACUUACGUAGAGCAGGCCAUAUUGGAAAGUUUGUCAUAGUAACAGAGGAGGCUAUUGCUAAGGGAAGUAGGAGGAUCACCGCGGUAACAGGAGCUGAAGCCACCAGGGCCCUCCACAGGACAGAUCUUCUGGACAAGAAUGUUAAGAACCUCGCUGAAAAGUUUGACACAUGUCUUAAGACCAAGGAGCUGUCAGAGAAGGAGCUCACUAAGAUGAUUGUACAGAUGGAUGAUGAAAUCACCAAGUCUGUGAUACCAUACUGGCAGAGGGAUCGACUCAGGGCUGACCUCAAACGGCUCAAGGGCAAACUGGACGACCUUGACAAAUCAAGGAAGGCUGCAAUUACUGCUGAGGUUGUCGAACAAACAAAAAAGAUGAUUGAGGCCAAUCCAAACCAGUCAUUUAUUGUGCAUGAAUUUAAGGCUGGAUCUAAUGCGAAGUCACUGGAUGCUGCCAUGAAGCAGUACAAGACUUCCAGUCCUGAAACCUCUGCAAUGUUUUUCUCUGUUGAUAAAGAAGCUUCCAAAAUUUUGUGUAUGAGCUGUGUUCCUAAGUCGUCCGUGUCCAAGGGACUCAACGCCAAGGACUGGGUAAAUGAGGUUGUGCCUGUCAUUCAGGGGAAAUGUGGGGGCAAGGACCUAGCUGCUCAGGCGACUGGCUCAAACACAGACGGCCUCCAGGAGGCCAUCAACAUGGCAACCAAGUUCGCCCAAAUGAAGCUUGUGUAAAGGAGUUGGCACAUGUUUAUUUAUUGACCUUUUGACCUUUACAAGACCAAUUUGAAUGACACUGUACAUUACUGGAUGUACAGUUGGAUAUAUAGAGGUGAUGAGCAACAUUUCUACGCCCAAUAUGUACAAUAAACACAUAAUCGAGGGUACUUCCGACGGUAUAACAUUCUAAGUGCUAAAAACUUGUUACAGAUUACUUCUGCAAGGAAUAACUUUAUUAACAUGCAGUCAUAUUUGGUUUCGAGAGAUUUUUGAUAUUUGUAAAAUUUGAAUUCAUACCUCACAAUACGUAAUAACUUAAACUUUUAUUCUCUUUUAGUUGGGCAUGAAAUGCCCUUUGAGGAUUUUUGUGAUAUUUGAUAUUGCUCAACAUAGCUUUUUACAUAUAUCAACUUUGCUGAUUAUAUAAGAUUCCUGGUCUGCUGUUGAUGUAUAGUUUAGUUUGAGAAUCUCAUCAGUAAUUUAGUUUGAGAAUCUCAUCAGUAACAGUUAACUAUCUUAGUAAUACUGGAUGCCACGUUUAGAUGGAUUGUGACGAUGAUGAUGAUGAUGAUGCUCAGCAUUUCUCACCUCAGUAACAGGUCAGUUCACCCGUUUUCCUGUGCAGAAUGAACACUUCGGGACUAUUGCUAGUGUCAAAAAGAACAUUUUAUUUAUGAUCUUAUUAAAAGAGGAAUUAAUCAUCUUUCCUUGUGUAUGUUGCCCAAAGGAUGUUGGUCCCAAUAACAGGGGAAUGGGGUGUUAGAUGAGAAAUCAGUUUUUGUUCUGUUGAUAGUAAAGGUAGAAAUUGUUGCUAAGUUCAUGUGUACUAAAUCAGCAAGAAAUGCAUGUGUGAACAUAAAUCUGUGCAAUACAUGCUAGGUAGAGCAGAUGUUGGCUUUGAGAUACAUUGCUUUUGUUAAUCUUUAUAUAAUUGUUUUACUGUUGGAAGACCUGUUUGUUAAUUUAGGAUUUUUCCAGAUUCGUUUAGUGGGAUGCAAUUUAAUAUUUGAAAUAUUAGAAAAUGAUGGGUGGGACAGGGAUAUAUAUUUUUAGAUCAGAUCUUUUUAAUUUGAUAAGAGAAAAAAAUUGUCUCCCAGGAAUCACUCUAAAAAUUAGAGCACAGUCCUACAGAAUUCAGGUAAUUCCUGCUAAUCAGUAAAGUUUGUUGAAUGACUUGUUAUGUGAACAUUUAUAACAGCAAAGUUUAGUGUUACAUGCAUCUGCACAUUCGAUAUCGCUUCACUCUGAUGUUGUAAAGCUGUUCAGCACGAUGCCUUAUGUUUGAUAUUACAGGUAUUAGUAAAUUUUAGCUUAUAGUAUAGGGAUGGGAUGGUAAUCUAUAUAUGUUUACAUUUCCACUGCAAGUUCCUCAGUAAGCAUUACCAGAAGGAAUUACGUUCAUAGGGCUAUGAAUGGAAUUCGAUCAGCAUCAUUUUGAAGCUUUUCAUCUCGCCUCAAAAAUAUGCGAGACAAAUGUUACAGAUCUUCAAUAAGAUUCAUCAGUUUGGAAAUAUAUAACAUGGAAGUUUUACGUUAAGCUCAAACAAUGUCAAUGUACCUAUUAAACGUGUCGCGACAUUUCAAGACCGAGUGGUCCCUUUAAUACAUUAAUAUGUACAUUGUUUGUGUAUGAAGUAAAACUGUGAUAGAAUUUGUUACAGAUGUAGAAGCAAACAUUUUGUUAUUGAGAUGUAUAUUACAUCAUGCUGUUAGUGUCCCAGUCUAUUGGUGAUGAGCAGGCAAUUCCUACUUUCAUGACAAUAUCCUAGAUUGGCUUGCAAUUUUGUCUUAAAAUGUGUCCUAAAACUUGGUCCAAAUAAGAAUUAAGAUGCAAAUUAUAUGAUCAUCAUUAAAUUUGAUUAUCAAUGAA